AUGGAGCUCGAGGCCGUGCAUCUGGAAGAGACCAGGAAGCUUCGGGCUGAAGUGGCGGCGCUGUGCAGACUGAGUGCUAUGCAACCUUUUCCUCGCAUGUCCCCGCCAGUGCAGCCCAUCUCGCGAGAAAACUCCCGCGAUCCACAUGCCUCGGAGAGGUGUCUCGUCAGGGAGUCAUGCACUAUCGUGGAGAAGGACGAGGUGUAUGACGAGGCUGCGAAAGUUCUUGAACGGCCGGCGCAGGACGCUGAUCAAGCAACAGCUGACACUGCUGCUUCGAACGAAAGGCGCCGUUAUUCCCAGCAGAGCAAGGAGUCCAAGCCAGAGACGACCAAAUUUCGAAAGGGUUUCUCAGCUUCGAGCAUCGCUAACUCGAUUCUCUCCCUCGCAUCUCUGCACUCAAAUCAAGCUCACCUGGACCUCGGUGAUGACUCCGAGCUCGCGGAGGUAGCCACCAGAGAUGUCGACAGUGCGUUCUAUGAGCGCUUCGGCAAUGUUUUCAUGGGAAACAGCUUCGAGAUGGGCAUCGCAGUGCUGCUUCUGUUCAACAUUAUGCUAAUGGCAGCACAGCUGCAAUAUCAUGGUUUCAAUAUCGGAUACAAAAUCAGAUAUCCCAGCUAUGUGGAGCCAGCUCAUGUUUAUUGGCCGCACGUCGAAGACUUCUUCCUUGUGGGAGACGUGCUCUUCGCCGUGAUCUUCACGGUGGAGAUGUUGAUCCGGCUCUUUUGGAUCCGUUGUUUGGCCUUCUUCAAACAUUGGCUAAACUGGAUCGACUUCGUUGUGGUUUGUAGCUCCUGGGCCGAGUUGUUCGCAGCUGCACUGCCCAUCAGCCCCACGUUUCUGCGCAUGCUGCGCCUGGGGAAGCUCCUGAGAGCCUUACGUGUGGUGAAGAUGUCGCAGGUUCUGGAGUCAUUGCAGCUACUGCUCAAAUGCAUCGCCGCUAGCGUCCGGAUUCUCUUCUGGUCCUUGGUCCUGCUGAUGAUUAUUCAGUGCAGUGCAGGGAUGACUAUCUCGUACAUGGUCAGUGAUUUCAUGGUAGACCCUGCUGUGGACGAGGACAAGAAGUUUGCGGUUUUUCGGUAUUAUGGAACGUUUUCCAAGACACUGCUGACUAUGUUUGAAGUGUUGUUUGCCAAUUGGGCACCUGCAUGUCGAGUGCUCAUGGACAAUGUCAGCGAGUGGUAUUCCACAGUUUUCAUCAUUUACCGGUGCUUUGUGGGCUUUGCCGUUCUGAACGUUGUCAAUGCGGUCUUCGUGCAGAGUACCAUGAAGGUAGCCCAGGCAGACGAUGAGUUUUUGGCGGCAGAGAAGCAAAGACAACAGGAUGCAUACCGCAAGAGAUUGACGAACCUUUUCAAGCAAGUGGAUUCUUCUGGCGAUGGCAAGAUCGACAUCGAAGAGUUUGGCUUCCUAUUGGAGAAUCCCAAGCUUCAAGUCUGGAUGGGACAGCUUGAAAUCGAGACAACCGAUCUAGUUGGCCUCUUCCAGAUGCUCGACGAUGGUGAUGGUGAGAUUUCACUUGAAGAGUUUGAGGCGGGCAUCAUGCGCAUGAAAGGAUAUGCCCGCAGCUUUGAUCUGAACAAGAUUGAGCGUGAGAUGCAGAAGAUGCAGACAAAGGUGGAGCAAGUGAAGCGCGACAACCAGUACUACAAGGCCGUGAAUCGCGAGCUGAAGAAAAGGCUGCGGUCGCUGCUCGAGCAGCGCUGGGAGGGAAAUGCGCCGAGUCGAACACCGCGCUUCAUGCCAACCAAUGAGGACAGAGCACAGUCCAAGUUCUUGGCUUGCCGUGUAUGUGAGGAAAGAGUAACGUCGUUGCUGGCAAUCUUCCGCAGUGAAAUCGAGAAAGCUUAUUCCGUGGACGAGGAUUGGGCAGAAAAACUGUCUGAAGGAAUGGGAAGUGCCAGGCAGCUGUGUGACAUGAAAGACCUGUCGGCACUACUGCUCGGGCAGCGGUUGGACAUCGACCUCCACGAUGAUGGUUCGGCAUCCCUAAAGAAGGCCGUCGUCACCCAAGAGCUAUUCUACCCGGAGAUACUGCACAGCGAGAAGUUCCACUACAAGUCCUAUAUGGUACAGAAUGCUUGCCAGAAAGCUUUCGAUGAUAUGGACUUUAUUGCAGAUGCCGUGGCUCGUGCCUACGAAGGCGCGCGGCGCAGUGGUGCCUCGGAUGCGCAACUGCUCAUGAUGCUGAACAGAGCUGGAAGAGCGGCCUGUUCACAGACACGGGCCUGUGCGGACGAGGUGAAGCUGCGGAAAUCGAUGGCCGGAGCAAAGCCUCCCCAGAAACGACCAGCUCACUCAGCUCACUCAGAGCUGUGA